AUAAAAGGUAUCAAGGUUUAGAAAACCAAAACUAUAACUUAGUCUAUGAAUUAAAGUUAGUAAGAAAAAGCUAUAGAUGAUCCUAGUAAUAUACAACUAGAGGAAAGAAGAAAAGAAAAAAGGGCAAAUCCAUAUCAACCCAACCAAUUAUUUUAACUUGUACCUUGUUGCCUUGUCUUAAAAACACAACCUUAGUUUUUCUCUCUUGGUUAUUCUUGUUUCCAUCAUGGAAUUCAGAUCAAAGUCAUGCAGAGAUGAAAAGCUACAAAUUGAAAGCUACUCUGGAGGCAAAGUGGCCCCAACAAGCAUGCAAGAUCUAAGAUGUUAUAGUGCUAAUUAUGCUUAUGCAAACCACAUAGAUGCAGAUAAGGAGGUAAAGAUGAAGAAAGUAAAAGGCAUAUCAAAGAGUUGGAGCUUGAAUGAUCCUGAAUUGAAGAGGAAGAAGAGAGUUGCUGGCUACAAAAUAUAUGCUGCUGAAGGGAAAAUGAAAGGGUCUUUAAAGAAGAGUCUUAGGUGGAUUAAAAGCACUUAUACUCAAGCUAUCAAUGGAUGGUGGUGAAAAGGUUAUUAAUGGUAUUGUUUGUGUUUCUUUUUCUGAAUUUGGUGUUAUGAAUAGUUAUUUGCUUACAUUUCUUUCAUGUAAUGUGAAUUUCAUAAUCCUAAGUUCUGAUUUAAAAUGAAUACUACUGGAUUUGAACUAGGAUUUGAUUAAUUUGUUUGUAAUUUUAUUUUAAUUGUGUAAUAUAUGAGUGUGUGAAUAUGUGUACAUCAUAGUCAUUAAUUGUGGUCUAAGUAGUAACAUAAAAGUUUUAAGAAUGAUAGCAUUAUGGGAAAAUCACUCGUUUUAUGUUCUGUUUCAGCUGCUCAUGUUCAUAUCUAAGUCUAAAAUUUGGAUCAGUUAUGUAAGAAUUCAACACUCUUUUGGCCAAAGAUAAAGUUUUAUUAUUCAUCACACCUUUGCCACCGUUGAUGUCUUUGAAUGAUUAAAUUUUCAAUUAAUUGAACGAGGUUUGUUA